AUGAGUGGGUUUCUAAGGUAUGGCAUUCUUUCAUUCCGCCACGGUUAUCUUUACUGGCACGGCGCCUUUCCUAUGAUAAACUACGUACCUACUGAUGUGCAACUUCAAAAACGGGGUAUCCCAACAGUGUCUGUUUUCCAGCUUUGUACCUUUGGCUAUGUCGAGGAUUCUACUCACUUAUUUGUCACUUGCUCGUUUGCGCAACAUGUUUGGAAAUGGCUAGCAUGUUGUUUUGGGACUAUCUUACCAACUAGUGGCACUAUUGGUGGGUUAUUUACCUCCAUUAUUGGCAAGUCCUUCUCUCCCCAACUAAAAAAUAUUUGGCUUGCUAGUUGUCUCUACACUCUUAUGGCUAUAUGGAAAGCUCGCAAUAAGCUUAAAUUUGAGGACCAGUGCCCUUCCCUCAUGCGAAUUUUCAGCUCACUAAAGGCUUGGCUUCUCUUUUCUGCUCCUUACAUGCCAGGUUAUUCGAAUGGUUUGGUUGACACUCAGUUGUUGGUUGGGUUGGGUAUUCAGCCUAUUCCUAAAAACCGAGUAGCGCCUCGGUUAGUUCUCUGCCACCCUCCAAUUUUUCCUUGGAUUAAGUUGAAUACUGAUGGUCUUGCAAAGGGUAAUCCAGGACCUGCAGCUUGUGGUAGUGUGUUUCGUGACACCCAUGAUCAUUACCUUGGCGGUUACUGUCAAGGUUUGGGACACAAAUCUGCCUUCUACUUAGAGCUUAUGGGUGUGAUCAUUGGGAUUGAAUAUGUCUUCCAGUAUGGUUGGCGAUGCCUCUGGCUUGAAUGUGAUUCGACUAGUGUAAUUGCAUGCAUCAAAUCCUCAUCUUUUGUUCCACCUUGGCUGCUUCGAAUUGCAUGGCUUACUUGCUUAGCAUGUAUUAGAGCAAUGACCUUUCAUUGUUCCCAUAUUCUUCGGGAAGGUAAUACGGUGGCUGAUAGAAUGGCAAACAUGGGCUUACUUUCUCCAUCCCUGGUAUGGCAUGCUUCUCCUCCGCCUAAUAUAUCUCUUUAUCUUUGUAUGGAUGAUCUGGGAUUCCCUUACAUUCGUCAUGUUUAA